AUGACCAACUUCACGAUCCGCAAUCUCACGGCGCUACACGUCACCCUCAGACAUGUCGAGCGCUUCGAGGGCGAGAGAAAACGCACCGGGGACGUACUGGGCAACACCUUCGGCACCAUCAACUCUUUCAUCAACGCGACGAACUUCACCACGAGGGAGACCCAUGCAAAGGGAGAUGCACACCAGAGUGACGAUGUCGAUGUACACAUUGAACCGUUUACCGUGAACGCCACGGAAAUUGGCGCGCCGGACCCCGCCAACCACGAUGUCGUCCGCCUACAGUUUGAGAUCGAAGGACACCGGUACGAGGUCGACGCACCGAGCCCCUCCAAUCGCUCCUCCGUCAUGAAGAAGCUCGACGAUGCGCCCCUCGAGCUGACGACCGUCUACGUGCCCAAUGGCACAUUCCUAGCCAUCAUGUCCUCAGCGAACCUCAAUGCCUGGAUGCACGAGCUGCGCGACGAAUACCCGCUGCCCCUCCUCUCCAUCCCGGGCACCCACAACUCGCCGACAUGCCACACGGCACUGCCUUCGGUGCGCUGCCAGGCCGUCGGCGUCCGCGAGCAGCUCGACAACGGCGUGCGCUUCCUCGAUAUCCGCGUCUCCGUCGCCACGGAUAACGAUGACCUCACCCUCGUCCACUCCGCCUUCCCCAUCUCCCUGACCGGCAACAAAUACUUCGCAGACAUGCUCGCCGACAUCUACGCCUACCUCGACGCGAACCCCUCGGAGACCGUUCUCAUGUCAGUCAAACGCGAAGGUACCGGCAAAGGCACUGAUGAGCAGCUGAGCCACUACCUGCGCGACCGCUACGUCGGCCGCGACGCCCAUCGCUGGUUCGUUGAGCCGCGUAUCCCUCGCCUCGGCGACUGCCGUGGCCGCAUCGUACUGAUCCGUCGCUUCGGCCUUGACGAGCCCCUGCGCGGCGAGCAUGACGGCAAGGGUUGGGCCAUCGACGCCCAGCACUGGCCCGACAACUGCGAGGACGGCACCGUCGGCGGCGGGCUCCUCCGCGUCCAGGACUUUUACGAGAUCGACCAGUCCACCAAUAUUGAGAAGAAGAUCAACUUCUCUCACGGCCAGCUCGAGCGUGCCGCUGAGCAGCUCUUCCACCUCCCCGACAUGCCUGACUUCAACGCUGACGCUCCGCCCAACCCAUUCUUCAUCAACUUUCUGACUGCGAGCAACUUCUUCAACGCGACCUGCUGGCCGGAGCGAAUCGCCGCCAAGGUGAAUCCCGCCGUGAUCGAGUAUCUGUGCAUGAGGCACGGCGAGCCGGGCAAGGGGCCCCAUCAACUAAAUGUCGGCGAUGCGGCAACGGGUGUCAUUGUUACAGAUUGGGUUGGCGCGCACGGCGAUUGGGAUCUGAUCAGGUGCAUUGUCGGUAUGAACGCCCGCUUGCAGCUCAAGCACUAG